CACAGGUUCUUGGCGCAUUUUCACAAUCUGGCAUUGCUAACCAACUGGAGCUAAGGAUAGCCUUGUUAGGCUCAGCUCAUGGGCUUAGCUAACGAAAGUCAUGCUUGCUGCACUUGGCCCCAACACUCACAAUUGGAACAGUUCCGUUCUUGAUCGUAGUUUUAAGAUAUAACGAGGCACACAAAAAAGUUACUGGAGGAGGGCGACACGCGGCCGAUCUCGUGUUAAGAUAGGUGUUCCCAGUACGUAAGCUUGGCGAGGUGUGAGGGAUACCACACAUAAACCAACCAUGGCGACUGCGACCCCCGCUGUCCCAACCGCUGCGGAGGAGGUAGCGGGUUUAGACCGCGUCCUGACACGGCUGGCACUGACGGAGGAUGACAAACUGGAAAAGGUCCUGGGGCGGCUGAUUCCCGUGGUCCUGGGGCAGCUGUCGUCCCCGCAUGAGGCGACCAGGAAGAAGGUGUUGGAGAUCCUGGCUCACGUAAACAAGCGAAUCAAGGGCCAGCCCUCCCUGCAGCUCCCGCUUCGGGAGUUGGUAUCCAUGUACACCGCAGAGGCGCCGCAGGGUACGACAGCUGCCUCGUACGGCAUGGUUCGCAACUUCAGCCUGGUGUAUGCGGAGAUGGCGGCUGAGCGGGCGCCGGGGGCGGAGCGGAUGGCGGUGUUGUCCUCCCUCCUGACCGGCAUCUCCCGGCGCCCCCCGGCACACCGCCCCAUCUGCCUCCGCAUCGCUGCAGCGGCUCUGGAGCAGCUGGGGACAGGCGGGGUUGGCGGAUACGGCAUGAGCAGCAGCAGCGUGAUUAGCCUGCUGCAGCCGCCGACUGCUGCUACUGCUGCUGCUGGUGCUGGUGCUGCUGCAAGUGCUGGUGCUGCUACUACGGCCUCACCGUCGGCUUCAGCAGUAGCGGCGAAGGAAGGGCCGCGGGAUGUGGAGAUGCAGGGGGGUGGAGACGUGGAGGGCGGCAAGAAGGAGGAGGCGGGAGAGGUGAAGGAGAAGGAGGAGGAGAUGUCGGCGGCUGAGGCGGCCUGGCGGCGGCAGUGGCCGUUCUUCGCGGAUGCUGCAGAUCGGGAUAUUUUCCUGUCGUACGGCCUAAAGCUGCUGUUGUACACCGCUCGUACAUCGCGUCAACCCGCAACACCCCUGGCGGCCGCUGCUGCUGCUACUGCGGCGGCGGCGGCGGCAGCGGGAGGAGCAGCAGGGGCAGCCCCGCCUCCUCCUCCUCCUCCUGGGCUGAGUCCGGCUGAUGUACGGCAGUUGGAGGAGAAGGGCGCACUGUCCGCGGAACAGAUCUCCCGCCGCAAGCUGGGUCUGCUCAACCUGCUGGCCGCAGCAGCCAGCAUCGGCCCCGGCAUGAUGGAGGGAGGCCAGCAGGGACCCAUGGGUCAGCGACCCGCGGGUCAGUCCCAGUCCCAGCGGCAGCCCCCGCUCCCCGUGGGGUUGCUGCUGCCGCUGCUGCUGGUGGCGGCGGGGGACCCGGCGGAGGCUGUGGCGAGGCGCGGUGAGGAGCUGCUCCGCCGCUCCGCCGCCCUGGACGCCGCCCGCCCCUCGGCGGACCUAGACCACCCUGCCACCCUCGCUCCCCUGCUGAGGCUCUUCCACGGGAGCGCCGUACAGCUGGUGUACGACACGAACAAAUCAGAUGAUGCCAAUCCGGCGGGCGGUACGACAGAAACGGCGGGAAGUACGGCGGGAGGUGAUGAGAGCAGGAGGUUGUUUCAGCAGUUGCUACAGCCGGAUCCGAACCCGGAUACGGCAGCUACGGCCGCGGGUCCGGGGCUGAGGUCGAGACUGGUGGCCGUGUUUUGCAGGAGCAUCGCCUUCGCCAACCUCUUCCCCGCAUCGCUGCUAACCAUCCAGGAAUGCGUGUUGCCGCCCGCUGCUGCUGCUGCUGCCGUACCCAGCGGGGCGGGUGGAGCUACGGCAUCAGGCGGCAGUGGCGGUGCGGGAGGCGUGUACGGCAGGUUGCGAGGUCAGGGUCUGGAGCUGUGCGGCUGGGUGUUCAAGCACGCGGGACGGCACCAGCUGAGGGCCAUGGGGCCGGUGGUGAUGAAGGGGCUGCUAGACACACUCGACUCCACAGCAGCUGGAGGAGGAGGUGGGAUGAUGGAUACGGCAACCAUGACGCUGAGGGGGGCGGCAUACCAGGCCCUGGGCACUCUGUCCCAGCGGGUUCCGGAGCUCAUGAGGUCGCGAACCGACAUCGCACGCAGGUUCUUCGCAGCACUGUCCGAUGAGCCCCCCGGGGUGCGAGCGGCCGUGCAAGAGGCCACCGGGGCCCUGUCCCGGGCGUAUGUGGUGGAAGACAGGGGGCUGUACGACAACCUAUCCCAGGCGCAGGAGGAGGGGGAUGUCGUACGGCAGUUGGACGAGCUUCUGUUAGAGAGCAUUCGGAGCCCCAAGGAUGCCGUACGCCUGGCCGCCGUUCAGUGGGCCUGCCGCCUCUUCCCAUUCCAUCACGUCCCCGCGAGAUGGGUGUGCAUCCUAGCUGCGGGCGACUCCCGGCAUGACGUGCGGGAGGAGGGAGCUAACGGCCUCAAACCACCUGCGGCGGCGGCAGCAGCGGCAGGAGGCUCAGGAACAGGAAGGGAAGGGACAGCAGGAGGCGGAGCAGCAGCAGCAGGAGCAGGAGCAGCAGCAGGAGCAGCGGCACCCGGCAGGUCGCGUCUGCCCUCGUUGUACUCCCUGCUGUCGUACGUACGGCACCAACUGCCCAGGCUUCGCCACCCCGCCGACCCCCUCUCCCCGCUGCCCCUGCCACCUCGCUCCACCCUGGCCCUCAUCUCCCUGCUUCGAGCCUGCCGACACGUCACAGGUGCAAUUCAUACAACAAUGGCCAGUCCUAUCGCAGCUAGGGUACCAUCAACAGGUGCUGCUGAUGCUGCCAGCACUAACCCAGGAGGAGGAAGCAGCAUGGCGGCAAGGGAAGCGGCUGCCACUGCUAUGGAGGUGGAUGAGGGGGAGGGUGAGGGGGAGGCUGAUGAGGAGCGUGUACGACCCAUGGGUCAUCAAGGAGAUCCGGAUCUCCUUCUGAAGGCGGACGACACGCGGUCGUUGUUGGUUGGUUACCAAACGGCUCUGGAGUGGGGGCUUUGCCGAGUGGAGGGCAAUGCGGAGGUGGCUGCUGCUGCGCUGGAGGCGCUAGUGGAGGCGGCAGCGGAGGAGGAGGAACAGGAGGGGGAGCAGGAGGAGGGACGGCAGCGGUGGAAGACCACAGACGGGAGGGUGGUGGCGGGCAGGUACGUCUCCCGUACCGCCUGGCUGCGCUCCCUGCUCUCUCACCCGUACGACAUCACGACACGUACGGCAGCUGCCCGGCUGCUGGGGAGCCACGUGGCGGGGGCGAUGGGGGCGGCGGAGGCGGGGGAGCUCCUCUCCUCCCUCUGCGCCCAGCUGGCCCCCCUGACCUCCAACAAGCCCAGCAGCACCGCCACCGCUGCUGCUGCUGCUGCUGCUGCCACCCCUGCUGCUGCUGCUCCCAUCCCCGCCGCCUCCCAGCCUGCUUCACACACACCCGCCCACCCCGCCCCCACCCACGUGAAACCCGAGGAGGCGGAGGGCUGCCUGCUGGCGAUUGGCUUUAUGCUCGCUUCCGCCGCCACAACCGGCUCCCCGGCCCUACAACCCGCCGCCAUCACCGCCGCCGUACACACACUAACUGCCGUACUUUGCGGCUGUAGCAGUGGUGCUAGCAGCAGUGGCAGCGCCGUACCCAGUCCUCUUUCGGAGCCGACGGCGCCCGCAUUCGUACGAGCGACUGCGGCGCUAGCUCUGUCGUACUCAUGCGCCGCCGGGCCCCAACCGGCGCUGCUGCUGCCUGCUGCUAGUGUGGGUGUUGAUGGCAAUGGUGGUGCUGGUGGUGGCACUGGCGGCAGUGGCAGUGGCAGUGGCACCGGUGGCGACACGGUUGCCGCCGCCACCGCUGCCACCGCGGUGGGAAUGGAUGUGGACAAGGCUGCUCCCAAACACGAGGAGGAGCAAAAGCAGCAGCAGCAACAGCAGCAAACACGAAGGGUUCUCGAUCUAGUUGUGGAUCGGAUUUUGGAUCUCAUUAAGGGCGGCGACGGUUCGUCUUCCAGCAAGUCCUCGGCUGCUGACGCCGGAAAGGUGACCUCACGCGCCCUUGCCGCUGCCGGCUUUCUGGCUGGCGGCUGGGGAGGCGCCUGGGUCUGGGGACCGGAGGAUGCCGUAACGCCUAGUGACCCACGGGUCGGUGCUGGUGCGGCUGGUAGCACGAGUGACCCACGGGUCGGCCGUGUUGCCGAGCGACUGCUGGAGGGGGUAUUCUCGGUGGCGAGCAGCAAGUCCGAGGAUGUGCAGUUUGCAGCUGGUGAGGCGCUGGCAUGGGCAUUCGGCGGUCUGCCCGCCAGCCUGCCGCCUGCUGUCGUACUGCGGGGUAACUACACGAGCCUGGCUGACAGCCUGGGAGGGGGACAGAAAGAGGUGGAGGAGGAGGAGGAAGAGGAGGAGGAAGAAGCGGAAGGAGAGGAGGAGGGAGCGGAGGUGGAGCAGCAAGAUGCCAAGCAGUCAGAAGGAGAGGGAGAGGAAGCGGCGGUGGUGCUGGCGGGGCAGGCCGCGCUACGUCAGGCGGUGUUGGGACGACUAUUGGGUGAGCUGCUGGUUAGCAGCCGGAGUGAGUUCCGCUGUGCCGGCGCGGUGUGGCUGGUGAGCCUGCUGGGCUGCUGCGGGGGCGGAGGGGCGCGGGAGCUCAGCAGUGCGGGGGGCAGGCUGCCGGAAAUACAGGAGGCGCUGAGCGGGCUCCUGGGGGAUCCCAACGAGCUCACGCAGGAAAUGGCGUCUCGGGGUGUUUCGCUGGUGUACGAGCUUGGAGACGAGGAGAUUCGCGAGCAGUUGGUUCAGCGGCUGGUUGCCGUACUUCAAGGAGGCGGGGGAGCGGCGGGGGGAAAACCCAAGCUCACACCAGAAACCCAGAUAUUCGAGGAGGGGGCGCUGGGCAGUCUGCCAGCCUCUGGAGGAGCAGGAGGUGGUGGGGCAGCGGGCAGUAGCGGUACGGCUGCCGGCAGCAGCAGCGGCAGCAGCGGAGGAGGAGGGGGCGGGUUGUCCACUUACAAGGAGCUAUGCGCCCUGGCUACGGACUUGGGGCAACCCGACCUGAUUUACAAGUUCAUGGACCUGGCGCACCAUGCCGCCGCACUCAACAGUCGGCGUGGCGCCGCAUUCGGGUUUGCGAGCAUCGCUCGUAUGGCGGCGCGAGGCGGAAGGCGAAAGGGCGCGAAGGGCACGCGGCCGGCGAAGAAGGCGAAGGGUCGCGAGGGGAAGCCCAGCGAGCGCGGUCCUCAGGCAGUGCUGACGGCGCAUUUAGAUGCAUUGGUGCCCAAGCUGUACCGCUACACGCACGACCCCAACCCCCGCGUGGCUGAGGCCAUGGUGGCCAUCUGGCGGGCGCUGGUGGACGACCCACGGGUCACCCUGGACAAACACUUCCCCGCCAUUAUGUCGGACCUGCUGCGGGAGAUGGGCGGGCGGCUGUGGCGCAACCGGCAGGCGGCGUGCGGGGCGGCGGAGGGGCUGCUGCAGGGCAGGAGGUGGCCCGAGCUGGCUCCGUACUUUGCCCAGCUGUGGACCAUGAUGUUCCGAGCCAUGGAUGACAUCAAGGACAGUGUACGGCGGGCCGCUGUGUCGCUCAGCCGCACCGUCCGGGGGCUCACGCUGAGGCUGGCCGACCCGGCCCACACCUCGGCUAAAGAUUGUACGGCAGCUGUGUCGGAGGUACUUCCGGUGCUGCUGGGUCAGGGCCUUACGUCGAGUGUGGCGGAGGUCCGAGGCCUGUCAGUUGAGGUGCUGUCGCUGCUGUCCCGCUCCGCCCCGCCCGCCGCCCUGCGACCGCUGCUGGGAGCCAUGGUGCCGGCGCUGCUGGAGGCGCUGAGCAACAUGGAGGACGCGAGGCUGAAUUAUGUGGAGCAGCACGCGGAGCGGUGGGGCCUGGACGCGGAGAGGCUGGAGGGGGCGAGGGUGGCGGCGGCCCGUGGGUCACCGCUGGGUGACACCCUAGAUCUUGCCGCUCGUCUGGCUGACGCCUCCUCCCUGGAGACCCUGGUGCCCGCCCUGGUCACGUCCGUACGACGAGGGGUGGGACUCAACACAAAGGUCGGCACCGCUCGCUUCAUUCGCCUGCUCGCCUCCCGACCCUCCGCCCUCACCUCCGGCGGUGGUGGCGGGGGGGUUGGGAGCAGUGCUGCUGGUAGUGGCGCAUCAGCGUCCCAACCGCCGGCCCAAGAGCAACCGCUGCUGCGAUCGCACGCGGCGCCGCUGCUGCGGGCGUUGGUGGCGGCGGUGCGGGGCGAGAGGAGCGGCACAGUGAGGAAAGCGUAUGCGGCGGCGGCGGCGCAAGUUGUACGGCACGCCAGUGAGAAGCGCCAGGACAAGUUCGUUGAGGAGGCUCUGCUGUCGUACAACGAUCCGGGAGCUGACGUGGACUCCAGGUUGUCCGGCGGUUUGCUGUUGCGACAGUUGCAGGCUGCGGCUCCCGAACUGCUCCGGCGGUACGACACAACCGUACUGCCAACCGCCUUUGCCGCCAAGAUGGAUCCCGAGGACAAGGAAGUGGCAGCGGUGUGGGGAGAGGUAUGGGAGGAGGGUGUAUCCAGCGAGCCCGCUGCCCUGCGGCUGUACGGCGGGGAGGUGUGUACGGCCCUUGUGGAGGCGCUGGGGGGGCAGCAGUGGGGCAGGAAGCGGGCGGCGGCAGAGGCCACCGUCAAGCUGACAGAGAUUGCGCCCGAUGCCUUGGGAGAUCACGGCAGGCGCCUAGCCUCCGCCCUGCUGGCCGAGUUGCGGGUGGGGCGGCUGUGGGAGGGCAAGGAGACGCUGCUGGGUGCCAUAGCGGCGCUGGUGGCGGCUGACCCACGGGUCGUUUCCGAGGCGGCGACUGACCCGCGGGUCACUCGGGAGGCAGCCAUUGGUGCUGAUGACGCAGGACACGCUGCAUUGGUGGAGGUGCUGAUGGCGGCGGUGCAACGCAAGAAGAUGUCGUACCGCACGGCGGCCCUGACCGCCCUGAAUGUCGUACUUCGGUCGCUGCCGGGCUGCCACUGGGGCCGAGUGGCGCCGCGACUGAUGGCGGACGUGGAGAGGCACUGUGAGCCGGCAGCUGCUACUGCUGCCUCCGCCACCGCAUCCACCACCACCCCACCCACCGAGUCAGGCACAGCUGCAGGGGGUGAGGACGCCCCUCCCGCCCCCCUGCCCCUGCCCGAGUGCCUAACGUGCCUAUCAACCGCCUUCACAAGAGUCGGUACGGCAGCAGCGGCUGCUACAGCUGGUACGGCAGACACAUCAGCGGCGGCAGCAGCAGGGGAGGAGGUGGAGUCUAGCGGACGGCAGUUUGCUGGGGUGCUGGGCCGGGUGUUGGGUGCGGGGUGGAUUGGGUGGCAGGGGAAGAUGGCGGCGGCAGCAGCGGUGGCGGCGGUGGCACAGCGCUGCUCUGCCGUACAGCUGUCCCCCGCCUCCUCCGCCGCCCUGUUGGGCCGCCUCAGCCCCGCGCUGCUGGCAACCGCACAGGACUUCCAGGUCCACCAACUCCGCAUGGCCUGCCUGACCGCCCUCUCAGCCAUCACCACCGCCGUACAACCACCUGCCGUACAACCACCUGCCGUACAACCACCUGCCGUACAACCACCUGCCGUACAACCACCUGCCGUACAACCACCUUCAGCCACCACCACUGCCGUGCAACCCUCCUCUCCCUCUGCGGGAUGGAGUGAGGCCGAUCGGCGGCAGGUGCUGCCGGGGCUGGUGGCUGGGCUGAGGCAGCUGGCAGGG